AUGUCCAAGUACGCUAACCCGGAUUACUGGGAGGAGAGGUACCGUAGCAACGACACCACUUUUGAUUGGUAUCUUACCUUCGAUAACCUCGAGCCUGUCCUUCGCCCAAUGCUUCAGCCGGCUGAACAGAUACACGUUCUUGUGGUGGGCUGCGGCAACAGCCGCCUUUCCCCAUGCAUGUAUGAGCAUCUCAACGUUCGCAAGAUCACUAACGUGGACGUGUCGCCCACAGUCAUUUCGCAGAUGACGAGGCGUUACAAAGGAAUGGAUGAGAUGCGAUGGAUCUGCUGCGACCUAAUUCACACCGCACCAGACAAACUACUAACCCUCCUCUGUCCGGAGGAUGCCCUCUUCGACUUUGUCAUCGACAAGGGGCUCGUUGACGCCACACUCGGUGGAAGCAACUCCUUUCACAAUCUAUAUACCCUCACAAAGAACCUGGCGCGUGUAAUGAAAAAUGGAGGUCGGUUCCUCUCCGUCUCGUACGGCGCGCCGGAGACACGGAUCGAUCACUUCCGCCGGAGGAAACUGAACUUUGACGUGGAGCAUCGCACCAUUGAAAAGUCUGUCUUCGCUUCUGGCGCUGCACCAACGGGAAGCUACCACGUCUACAUCAUGACAAAGCUGGGUGAGCGGCAGGCUGUCACCGCGGGGGCGGCAGAUGACGGCGCACUCAGUGGCGACACAGAUGAUGACGACGAUUUCUACGACCGUUUUAUGACAAAGGCCAACACCACCAGCGCUGAUGCCGCAAGGUUUGACUGA